CUUCCGUUGCAGAAUGGAAAUUGGCAAAGAGAGAGGGAAAGGGUCCAAUUUGCGCCUUUGCUAUUUUAAGGGAGGCUGAAAUUAUGAGCCAAAGUGGAGUGAUGCGCUCUCUGGAGUGACCUCCGUUCUCCAACACAGGAGAAAACCCAGGUCUUUUGCUUGUGAAGUGGCUGGGGCUCUUGAGCGCGAGGCAUUAUUAUAUAAAUUCAGGCUCGCUCCUGAUCCUUAGUACCCUGAGUUGCCUGAAGGGGGGAAUGGCACUGCCUGCGUUUGCAGCCCGGGCGCUCGGGCCGCCACUGCAACCGGAGCAAGGAGCGCCCGCCCGCACCACCUGUCCCCGCCGGCAUUCCAGAGUAGAGGCCGAAUUGGCAGCAAGCCGGCCCGGGUCUGUUGCCGCCUCAGUCCGCGCCAGCCCUCCUAGGGGUGUGUCUCUCGGAUUCAACUCCCCGCCGCUCCAGGACAAGCCCCCAAAGGCAUUUUCUUCCUUGGCGGGAGCCUUGCGCGCCCCGCUCUUCGCGCUGCUGCCUCGAGGCCGCCGCAGGCGGAUGCACGACCUCAGGCGACGCUGGGACCUGGGCUCCCUCUGCCGGGCCCUGCUCACCCGGGGCCUGGCAGCCGUGGGCCACUCGCUCAAGCACGUGCUCAGUGCGAUCUUCUCCAAGAUUUUCGGUCCCUUGGCCAGCGUCGGGAACAUGGAUGAGAAAUCUAACAAGCUGCUGCUGGCUUUGGUGAUGCUCUUCCUAUUUGCCGUGAUCGUCCUCCAAUACGUGUGCCCCGGCACAGAAUGCCAGCUUCUCCGCCUGCAGGCGUUCAGCUCCCCGGUGCCGGAUCCGUACCGCUCGGAGGAUGAGAGUUCCGCCAGGUUUGUACCCCGCUACAAUUUCAGCCGCGGCGAUCUCCUGCGCAAGGUAGACUUCGACAUCAAGGGCGAUGACCUGAUCGUGUUCCUGCACAUCCAGAAGACUGGGGGCACCACUUUUGGCCGUCACCUGGUGCGCAACAUCCAGCUGGAGCAGCCAUGUGAGUGCCGCGUGGGGCAGAAGAAAUGCACUUGCCACCGGCCGGGUAAGAGGGAGACCUGGCUCUUCUCCAGGUUCUCCACCGGCUGGAGCUGCGGGCUGCACGCCGACUGGACCGAGCUCACCAGCUGCGUGCCGGCAGUGGUGGAUGGCAAGCGCGACGCCAGGCUGAGACCUUCCAGGAACUUCCAUUACAUUACCAUCCUGAGAGACCCAGUGUCACGGUACUUGAGUGAAUGGAGGCAUGUCCAGAGAGGAGCAACAUGGAAAGCAUCCCUGCACGUCUGUGAUGGAAGGCCCCCAACCUCUGAAGAGCUGCCCAGCUGCUACACCGGUGAUGACUGGUCUGGAUGCCCUCUCAAAGAGUUCAUGGACUGUCCCUAUAAUCUGGCCAACAACCGCCAAGUUCGCAUGCUAUCUGACCUGACUCUAGUGGGAUGCUACAACCUCUCUGUCAUGCCUGAAAAGCAAAGAAACAAAGUCCUUCUGGAAAGUGCCAAAUCCAAUCUGAAGCACAUGGCGUUCUUUGGCCUCACUGAGUUUCAGCGCAAGACCCAGUACCUGUUUGAGAAGACCUUCAACAUGAACUUUAUUUCGCCGUUUACCCAGUAUAAUACCACUAGGGCCUCUAGUGUUGAGAUCAGUGAGGAGAUCCAAAAGCGUAUUGAGGGACUGAAUUUUCUGGAUAUGGAGUUGUACAGCUAUGCUAAAGACCUCUUUCUGCAAAGGUAUCAGUUCAUGAGGCAGAAAGAACAUCAGGAUGCCAGGCGGAAGCGUCAGGAGCAACGUAAAUUUCUGAAGGGAAGGUUCCUUCAGACCCAUUUCCAGAGUCAGAGUCAGGGUCAGAGCCAGAGCCAGAGUCCAGGUCAGAAUCUGAGUCAGAAUCCAAAUCCCAACCCAAAUCAGAACCUGACUCAGAAUCUGAGUCAGAAUCUGACUCAGGGUCCAAAUCUCAAUUCGACCCAGAGGGAGAACCGGGGAAGUCAGAAGCAGGGCUCAGGCCAGGGACAAGGUGAUAGUGGCACCAGCAAUGGCACCAAUGACUACAUAGGGAGCGUAGAGACAUGGCGCUAACUGGCUCUCAAAGGCUUGUGCACACUGCUUCCCAAAGCAUCACCAAAAAGAUGGCGUGUAUCUUACAAGAUGAAUAUGUCCAAACACAUCCUGCUUCCUUCAUUUUGGAAGUUCAAAAAAAAAAAAAGUGUAGACAUUGCCUUUACAGUUGCCUUUUGAUUCAGUGUUAUGCUGUGUGUGGGUACAACAAAUCUCAGUGUGUAAUUCAAUUGUCUGUUUGGGAUGAACUACUUCUGAAAUCCAAGAGCCAAACCAGACUCACCAGAAAUUGCAGUUUAGAUAUUUUAAGAAGUUCUUAAAUUAGGUAUGGGAGACACAAAGAAAACAUGAAAUGUGGCUGUUUAAACUUAUGGCUAAGAAACAGACUUUAAGUGAUUCCGGAUACUCUGUUAAAACCCAGUCUUGAAAGCACCCCCCUCCCUGCAGGGAAGCAUAAGUAAAAAUAUGAACAGAACUAAAAGACACUCAAAACUGUUCAUUUCCUUGUUUUAACAAGGAGCCUAUUUAAACAGAAAAACAACUGAUGAUAAAUUUUGCCAAAUUGUAGAAAAUAAACAAUUUCUCACUUAAAUGUAGGUGGGUUUAUGUAAAAAUAAUGGCUUUUCAAAUAGAUCGGGAUUCAUGUCUUGUAACUUAACAGAUGUUUAAAAUUUAGAAUUUUUCUACCUUCUGCUGAUUAAAAGGUUUUAAACAGGGUAUAUCUCAUAUUAACAAAGCAUUUUUUCCAAAUGGAAUACCAAUGGAAAGAUCCAGUUUCCAGAUGGUUUCUGGGCACUGUAAUUCCAACAAUUUCGAUCUUUUUGGCGCUGCUUCUCAUUCACUUUAAGGCUUCUCCGAGUUGUGCUCAUUCCAAAUGAAUCCAUGUAUAGAACUUUUCUUCAUCAUCUAAACAACGUGUUGCUAAAUCUCUUGUGCUAUCUAAUCCUGGACUAAAGUCAGGACUUUCUAUAGAAUUGUCUUAUCAACGUCUGUGUAGUAAGGUCCUUAAGAACUCUCAAACAGGAUAAUUUGUCUCUUAAUAUUGCUGAAGUUAUUAUUCUUCAUCAGAUUGAACUAAACCUGAAUGUGAACUGUUAAUUAUCUUGUUUAUUGUAAUGUUUCCAGUUUGGCUGGCUAUUUCUGGCCCAUGGUUCUUUUCUUGUAUUGACAGAUUUGUACACAAUAAUAAGAGCAAAAAUUUUUCUCAAAGACAACAGUAGACUAAUCAUUAAGAUAGCCAGAGUUGCUCAAUAACACCAAAAGCUGCCUCUUGAUAAUUGAGGGGAACACUUUUACCAGGAUUUUCUUUGUGAACGAUCAAAAAUGAAGAAUGUUCUGCAGCAAAGCUAAGUGUCAGGGACGUGCAAGUUGAGGAGCAUAGUUUGAUAGUCUGCAUCUGUGAAGAGUAUUUUGAUGGUUUCAAUUACAAAUGGAACAAAGGAAGAAUUAUAUACACACUGUGUUGUGAAAUAUCAUACUGCUUGGCAGUUCACACCUCAUGGUUGUUGCUACACUUCUAUAAGAGCUUACAUUAAUCCCUUGGCUUUCAAUCAAAACAAGGUGACCAGAAGUGGUAUUCAUGCUUUCAAGAGGGACAUGCUUAGAAGUAUGACCAUAAAGUCACAUCUCUCAUCGUCUGCCCAAGUGCAUGACCUGGUUUCAUCUGUAAUAAUAUGGCCACAAGUUUGGCAAGAAGUUGAGUAUCUGGCUCUAAAGAGAUGUUCUUGACUCUGAGCUCUGUGACAAUAUUUACAGCUUUUGUUUUGUGGUAUUUGCAGUGUUGAGAAUGAUGAUACCUAAAAAAAAAAAUCAAAAAACAAAAACAAAAAAAAUGAAGAAAAAACAAAAACAAACAAAAAAAACUGGAAGGAAUUUAAAAAAGCACAUCUUGAAGUCAAAGUAUUUGGUGUACAUUGUGUUCUUGAAAUCUUCUGUAGAUCACUAUGGUAUUUCAGUAAUUUUAGUUUUAAUUGAAAAUGAUUGUUCUUAAAACUGACAGUGUUGGAAAGCAGGACGAAGUCUGAGCCAGUGGAAAAGCUCAUUACAGAAAAAAAAAGGUGUUAUUGCUGUGGUGUGCAUGGUUUGCAGAGAUUAAGUGCAUUUUCUCUGUCUCUACUGAUUAUUGUAUAUAGAGAAUGUUAUAAAUAUACAUUUUUGUCAUCAUCAUGUAAAUCCCACGAUUUCAAACUGUAAACAUCUGUUCAGUGGUGUAGCUUUACAAACUGUUCACUGAUUUUGUGUAAUUUAUCAAUAGAUGUGAAAUAAAGUUUCAAUUGCA